AUGGAACGUCCUUCUUUCCAGAUUAUCAAGUGUGUCUGGCGCUUCAGGUCGAGAUGUGAAGCAGUCACUGAUACUGUUUUCUUUCAGAAUCGAGCAGGUGCGAACAAGGGUUCAGGAGGAGUCGCUGGAGCUGCUGAGACUGCCAUUGAUCGGAGGGAAAGAUUACGGAAGUUGGCAUUGGAGACUAUCGAUCUCGCCAAAGACCCAUAUAUCCUUCGAACGCAUCUCGGUACAUUGGAAUGUCGUCUAUGUCUCACACUGCACGUCAAUGAAGGAUCUUACCUUGCUCACACGCAGGGGAAGAAACAUCAGACUAAUUUGGCUAGACGAGCGGCGAGGGAGAACAAAGAUUUAGAACUGCAGACUCAGGUUCCCCAGGCGCCUACCAUCAGGAAGAAAGUGUUUGUGAAGAUUGGGAGACCGGGUUAUAAAAUCAUCAAGAUUCGCGAACCUACAAAUCAACGGAUGGGUCUCUUAUUCACCGUCUCAUUACCCGAGAUCAAAGCUGGAGAGAGACCACGGCGGAGGUUCAUGUCGGCUUUCGAGCAGCGUCGAGAGAUACCAAAUCGAGCUUUACAGUAUCUCGUCCUCGCCGCGGAACCAUACGAAACGAUAGCAUUCGCCAUACCGGCUAAAGAGAUGGUCGAACAGGAGGAAGACCCCGAAUCAGUCUGGGAGCAUUGGGACGCAGAUGAAAAGGUAUACAGUUGCCAAUUCUUGUUCAAAUAG